UGAUAUGUAAAAAGGUGCAGUUGGUAAGAAUGGUUAUGGCCCUAUAAAGGACCACAAGGCUAUAUAAAGUCUUGUGACUAGACACUUUCUUAACAACUGCAACUUUUUUCAUAUCAUUGUGUAUGAUUUCUUCCUUUUAUGCUUUGACUCUUCCAAGUAAGGUAAAUAUGAAGUAGGGUUUUAGCCUUUUCUCUUUAUGUGAAAUGGGAUGCAUAUAAAAUAGUUUACUUGCAUAUUGGUACCUCAAAGUAAAGAAUUAUGCUUUGAGUCUAGAGAUUAUGAUGUCACUACUGUGACUUCUCCUGAUGUAAAUUGCUGUGCUUAUGUUGAAGAAGAUAGAAGAUGUUAUUUUAAAAAAGUAUUUUCCCCCUAAGUAAUUCUUCAAAUGGACCUAAUGAUCAUCUGAGGCUUCUAAGCACAGUAACAUGCUCUGACCAUAAGAAAAGCCAUGCUGAUUCAGACCAAAGGUCCAUCUGGUCCAGCAUUCUGUACAAACAGUGGCAAAUCAGCUGCCCACAGGAUCGCUCAAUUAGGAUGGGUGCAAAACCUUCACCUGCCUGAGCUUCUCAGCAACUGGUGUAUGCAGACAUACCACUUUAAAUUGGCUUGUUAAAAUAAACUCAGCCUGAUACUUAGAUUUGAAUUCUUGCUUAGCAGAACAAUAUUGACAUCUGAUUGAAUAGUACUGUUCCAUCUUUAGCAAAGGAAAGGAGGAAUUUAAAAUAUGUAUUCAGAACUGUAAUUUGUAGUAUGACCACUUACUAACUGAAUGAAGUACUCCAAGGACACCUGUAAUAUUCUCAAUUCCAAUCUAAGUCUUUCCUGUCAUACUACAUAUCCUUUUACAUUUAAUGAAUAUGCUAUCAUUGCUGACUUAUCAUUUCUUCAACAUACUAGAAGGAUAUGCUUUCUCUGUGUAUAAGAAAAAAAAGUCUAUGUAAUUAUCCCAGAAGAUUAUUCUCCAACUGCCUGCUGCCCUGGGUCUGUAAAGCAAAUUUAAACACAUUUUUUCAUUGGCAAGAGAAACAAGUGCUGUUGGAUUAGUUUGCAGCAACAUCUCCAUCCCCUUAAAACCACUAGCAAAGGAAGAUUAGGCAGCAAGUUGAUAAAGAAAUGCUUAUUUUCAAUUCACCAGUUUCUUCUGGUGUCAAAUGGAUCUCUGUCCUUUACUUUUUCCUUCUACUUACCUUUCUUCAUGUCUUUUAAUGGUGUUUUCUUUUUCUUUUUAAGUUUGUAUAUCUAGUAUCCUAAUUGAGCACUUCCCUAAUUGUUUUCAGAGUUGCUUACAUGCAGGCCCACCACUGAGAGAGACAGAAGAGAGAGAAUACAGAUGGUGUAGAUAUAGCUCCCUGCUGUGCUUUCUCAGUUAGGAAAUGCCACUGCACUUGCCAGAAAAACAGAGAAUACUGUACCUAAUUAGAAGAGUUGGAAUGAAGUGGGAGUGUAGAGGUCAUGUAUCAGGUCAUGGGCUGGGCAACACUUUCCAAUCAUAACUUGCCAGCUGAAUAAGGGAUAAGAAAACUUUAAUGUGAUAUAUGUAAAGCUAUAUUUCCCUUAACCACUUCAAACUUGAAACUAAUAAUACCAACCAGAAAACAAGGUUGUGUAUGUGUUGGUUUCAGUCAGUCACCACCUAGUUUUUUUUAUUAAGUACAGUUUCCUUAAAAAUGUGUGAGUUCUCAGCUAAAUCAAAAUAGAAAAUGCUCUGGGUUUUAUACAUUCUUCGUCGUGGCCUCUGUGCAUCACACAUAUGGGUUCUGUGCCUCGCAGAGCCUUUGGCCGGAAGAUUAACAGCUAACGGUUUGGUGGGAAACUCUGCUCCCCCUCCCCCCAGUAGUAUAUAAGGAGCGGAGUGUCCGCCAUUUUCCAGUCUUUGCGACUGCUGUUUGUUGUGCCUCAUGCCACUUCGCUCUCGCUUAGAUUGUGCCUUGUGCUCUCUUGUUCGAAUCUUUUUCUCUUGUUCCUUCCAAGUUAGUAUUCUCUUCUUACCUUAACGCAUUACUCUAGUUAUUCUCUUCAUUUUUUCUCUCGUUUUUUGCUUGUUUCUCGUUCCUAUUAAAAAAAGAACAAAAUAUUAUCUAUUCCUACUUUACUUUCUUCUUUUCUUCUUUUUCCGCGAUGGCUCAAUGAGCGGCGUUCCGCAAGUGCGGAGAGUGUGGCUCUAAAAUGCCCUCUGUGGACUCGCACGACCUGUGCCUCCUUUGUUUGGGGGAGGGCCACAGGACAGACAAGUGUGUCCAUUGCCUGGCCUUCUCGAAACAGGCCAGGAAGAACAGGGAGAACUGUUUACGGAAACUCCUGUGGGACCAGGCCCUCCUACAAUCUGACCGGCUGGUGGCUAAGCCCUCUACAACCUCGGCCCUACCAGACCACCAUCCAGCCUCUACUGAACCACCGCAACGUCCAGCCCCUUCCUCUACUGCUCCACCCUUACGCCCUUUGGGCGAAGGUGCUUCCGCCAUUGGGGAGUGGCCUGUUUCUCCGCCCAAGAAACAGAAGGAAAAGAGGAAGCACAGUGCUCUUGAGAAUCCGGCUGUGCACAAAAGAGCCAAGAAAGAUAAGGCCGAGAAAUCGGCAAAGAAACCGAAGAGGCCUGAGCAUUUGAAACAUCGACGUUUGGGUUCGGUGGCCUCUUCGGUUCCAACUGCAGCCCCAGUACCGACACCAUCGGGUCCAACUAUUCAAGCGGCGAUGGGAGUCACCCCUCCAGCCUCCCUGCAUCGUAUGGGAUUGGAGCUAAACCAAGAUCCACCUCGCGGUUCGAUCUCUGAUGGUGAAAUCCAAGACUCUCCGCCGAAGGCUCGAACUCCAACUCCUAUGCCACCUGUUGGGUUCGACCUGGGUACUGGAUUGUCCCCACCAAGAGAUCGGAGGAGCUGCUCUUCGGAACCCCGCUCUGAUGACUGGUACCAUUCCUGGUACUCGUCUGCACUGAGAUGGUCCGACUAUCCAUCCGUCAGAUACUACCCAGCUGCUAGAGCUUGAUCCCCCACAACUGAACAUUGGGAUCAGCCCCAUUCUACGGCUUCGAGGGGCACCGGGCAUGCACCGUCUCAGGAAAGCGAGAGAUCCCAGUCACCAGGGGGUUCCUCCUCCAGCGUCCCGCCUCCAUAUUGGGUGGACUCGGAUGAGUCCAAGGUCGAUUCAACUUCACCUGAUGCUGCAGUCACUUCACAAGGUCCGGCAUCACCUGAAGAGCCGCACAUCACGUUUGCCGAACUGAUGUCCAGGCUGGUGAAGUCAUUGGAGAUUGAAGCGAGCCAACAACCGGGGCCUAGCACUGAUCGUUUCUAUGAUGUCAUGCGGGGAGAACAAUGGACCUCCAUCGCUUUGCCACUUAUUACGACCCUCCGACAAGCGAUGACCAACCGUGGGACCUUCCGGCACAGUCUCAACCGACCUCUAGAAAAUAUGAGGCGAUGUAUCGAGUCCAUGAAGGGAACAUUCCAUUCUUCCUCCGCAACCCCAAGCCAAAUUCGGUGGUGGUAGAAUUGUCUCAGGGUUGGGAGGCACAGGGUCAUACAGCGCCCCAGGACAAAGAGGGAAGAAAGAUCAACUCCUUCUCGCGCCAGGUCUAUGCGGUUCAGGUCUGGGCCUAAGAAUCUCUAACUAUGAGGCGACCCUGGCGCGUUAUCAAUACUUUAUAAUGCAGUGCCUGGACAACAUCAUUGCCAUCCUCCCUGAUAAUCAAGGCGACGUAGCGAGGGUGUUCGUAAAGGAGGCAAUGCAGGUCACCGUGCAACAACUAUCCACCACCAGACACCACGUGGAUACGGACUCGAGGGCUCUCGUCGGCGCCAUCUCUCUUCGGAGACACGCAUGGUUGCGUAACUGCAACUUUCCCGAGGAGGUGAAAAGGAGGAUUGUGGAGAUGCCCUUUGAUGGAUCCAGCCUCUUCAAAGCUAGAACCGGUCACAAGUUGAAGAGGAUCCACGAGUCGAAGAUGACUGCCCGGCGCAUGGAACUACAACCGCCCCCUCAACAUAAGUGGUCGUGGACUUGGCCUCAGUAUAGGCAGCAAUAUCCACCCCGCCAACAGCCACAGCAUCGCCAGCAGCACCGCAAGCAACUGCCUCAGCGUUUCCAGCAAAGCCACCACUGCUUCGACGGAGAUAAACGCCAGCGCUGAUGGGAUGGGCAAACCUUCCCUUCCAACCCCACCCUCCCCCCUCUCAUUUGGGGACCGACUGAAAAGCCGACUCCCUGUUUGGGAGUCCAUUACAUCUGAUGGGUGGAUGUUAUCCAUCAUCCAGCACCAAUACAGAAUUGAAUUCGACGUUGCUCCAUCAUUGAGUCCUAUCUGGUUUACGCCAUGCUCCCCGGUAUUGUUAGACAAAAUUUACCAACUCCCGUCCAAAGGAGCCGUUUGUUGCUUAUCUUCAUCAGAAGGACUCCACGGAUUCUAUUCUAGGUUCCGAAACGAGAUGGAGGGCUUCGGCUGAUAUUGGACUUGAGAGCUCUCAAUAAAUUUAUAACACCAAAGAAGUUUCAGAUGACCACACUUUAAAAUAUCCUCCCAUUGCUGGGGAGAGGGGAUUGGUUCGCCUCGCUGGACUUGAAGGAUGCCUAUUUUCAUAUUUGAUACAUCUUUGACAUAGGUGCUUCCUCCAUUUUGUGGUAGCCUCUGAAAUCUAUGAAUUCAAGGUGGUGCCAUUUGAACUGGCCACCGCACCGAGGGUCUUCAUGAAGUGUAUGGCUCCCGUAUGUGCAUACCUUCAACUGCGUGGAAUUCAGAUAUACCCAUACCUCAAUGAUUGGCUGUUGGUUUCCUGGACUAGGGAAGGACUUAGCUCCGCUGUAAAUAUGACCUGUAACUUAUUGCAAGACCUUGGACUCUGCAUUAAUCAUCAGAAAUCUUCUCCCUACACAGACGAUCAACUUUAUUGGAGCCCGACUGGAUUCUACGGUGGUAAAGGCCUUCCUCCCUCGAAACAGACAACAUGCUAUCGCUCGACACAUUUGCCAAAUUCGACGAGAAGGAAUUGUUCCUGCCCGAUCUGUUCAAAGACUGUUGGGACAUAUGGCAGCGUCCAUCACCGUAGUCCCACAUGCCAAACUCCAGCUGCGUCCCCUCCAAUUGUCCUUCAACGGGAGGUUUUGACCACAAAGGGAUCUGCCUAUGAAGCGGAUUCGACUCCCGUCCUCUGUUCUUCAGUCUCUAUUAUGGUGGACAGAGUCAAGCAACCUAAACAUCGGAGUCCCGUUUUGGCCUCAGUAUCCGACAGUGACUCUCGGUACCGACGCAUCCCUUCUGGGAUGGGGAGCCUUGUGCUCCGGUCUACGCACCCAGGGGGUUUGGAACUGUCAGGACUCCAGGAACCAUAUCAACUUUCUGGAACUUCUCUCUGUGUUCAAAGCACUACAGUCAUUCAAGGACGUGCUUCACCGGCAGGUUGUCCAGGUAACCUCGGACAACAUAGCCACAGUUUUUUACUUAAACAAACAAGGGGGGACAAGGUCCCCAAAAUUAGCUCGUUUGUCGAUGCGAAUCUGGGAGUGGUGCAUACCGAGAGGCAUCACUCUUAUUGCAGUACAUCUCGCGGGCACAGACAAUGUGAAAGCAGAUCUCUUGAGCAGACAUAUGUCACAGUCACAUGAAUGGGAACUGGGCUGCCAGAUUUGCAACAGGCUAUUCCAGUGAUGGGGCCUCCCAGAUAUAGACCUGUUUGCCACCCGACAAAACAGGGUGUGAGAGAAUUUUUGUUCAAGAGCGGGAAUCAGGCAGGGGUCGUCCGGGGAUGCCUUCAUGAUUCCCUGGAGCGAUAUGACCUUUUAUGCUUUCCCUCCGAUUCCCCUCAUCGUGAGAGUACUAGCAAAGGUGAUUCACGACGGGGCCACAGGGCUACUGAUAACUCCUUGGUGGCCACGCCAGCCAUGGUUCUCGACACUUCUUUGUAUUUCUCGGGAGGAGUACCUUCAACUUCCUCCCAUCCCUUAUCUUAUAACUCAGCGGGAGGGCUCGAUCCCACACCCGGACUUACCGUCGCUGAAACUGACCGCCUAGUGAAUUCGAUAACAUUGAACGCUGGCACAGUACCGAUCCCAUCUGCAGUCCUUACUCAUUCCAUUCCUACCACCAACACACAGGUCCAUGCUGUGAAUUUGCCUACCGCCUCUGCCUCAUCGGAUCCAGUGGAUAUGCUGUCGGAUUCGCAAGCUUUGCAUCCUGAUGUACAAUAUAUUCUCAACUCUGCAUUAAGACCAUCCACUUGAAAAUCAUAUGCGGCAAAGUGGUGUAGAUUCUCUAGUUUUGCCAAAUCUCAUUCGUUUUCAGCGCCCUCUGCAUCUAUAGAUCAGAUCCUCCAGUUCCUCUUCGAGCUUCACUGUUCUGGUCUUAAACCUUCCUCCAUAAAAGUGUAUAUGGCGGCAAUCUCCUAUUACUGCGGGACUGUGCAAGGGUUUUCCAUUUUCUCUCAGCCACUGAUUAAGAGAUUCCUCAAAGGACUCCAAUCUCCAUCCAACAAUUAGGCCGUUUAUGCCCACUUGGAGUCUCUCAGUGGUACUACAGGCACUAACACGGCCUCCUUUUGAGCCCCUGGCAACAACUGAUCUACGUCUUGUCUCUUGGAAAACUGCCUUUCUUAUACCAGUUACUUCAGCCCGUAGAUCUGGUGAACUCUGUGCCCUCAGAGUAGAUCCUCCAUUUUUGAAUUUUCACAAGGAGAAGGUAGUGUUAAGAAUGUAUCCAUCUUUUCUCCCAAAGGUGGCUACCUCUUUCCACAUGGAUCAGGAAAUUAUCUUGCCUGCAUUUUUUCCGACUCCUUCAAAUCCAGUCGAGAGGUCUCUGCAUAUGCUAGAUGUUCAUCAUUGCCUAGCUUUUUACAGAUCAAGGACUGAGUCUUUUCGUCACUCUAAUAGACUCUUCAUUAAAUAUUUGGAACAAAACCAAGGCUUCCCCGUUACUCCUCAGAGACUGUCUAAAUGGAUAGUUAACACUAUUACUCUGUAUUAUCAGUUAACCAAGAUAGACUUACCGACAACUCCAAGGGGCCACUCCACUAGGGCUGUAGCUGCCUCUUCAACCUUCGCGUCAGGAGUCCUGAUUGAGGAUGUCUGCAGAGCUGCCACCUGGGCUACUCCAUGUACUUUUGCAAGACAUUAUAGAUUGGAUGUUCGUGCUAGACAGGACUGUUCUUUCAGCAGAGCUGUUCUUUCAUCUAUUCUUCGUUGAUGACACCUCCCUCCGCCAUUUCGAGUAAGCUU